AGGCCCCGGGCAGCGGCGGCGGCCGGGCCUUGGCUCCCUGGCAGCAGAUGCCUAAGGAGGAGCUGGAGAAGCAGUACAGCCCCAGCCGCUGGGCUGUCAGGCGCGGCGCAGAGGAGACCUUGAGGACCUACACACAGAAAGGAGUCCAAGCCACCGAGAGGGCCCGGGCCACCAGGAGGAGCCUUCUGAGUGUCCCCUACGGAGCCAGGGAAGGGGAGGAGCUGGACAUCUACCUUCCUGAGGAAGAGUCUGAGGACUACCCGCUCCUGGUGUUUUUUCACGGAGGAUACUGGCAGAGCGGCAGUAAAGACCAGUCUGCCUUCAUGGUCCAGCCGCUCACGGCUCGAGGCGUGGCCGUGGUGAUAGUGGGCUAUGACAUUGCCCCCAGAGGCACCCUGGACCUGAUGGUGGACCAGGCGGCCCGGAGCAUCGUCUUCGUCCAGAAGCGGUUUCCAUCCAACAAGGGUGUUUACCUGUGUGGACACUCAGCUGGGGCCCAUCUGGUCUCCAUGAUGCUCCUGGCUGACUGGACCAAGCACGGGGUCACCCCCAACAUCAAAGGCCUCUUCCUGGUGAGCGGGCUCUACGACCUGGAGCCGGUCCUGCACACCUCUGAGAACGAUGCUCUCGGGAUGACCCUGGAGGAUGCCCGGAGGAACAGCCCGCAGCGGCUCCUGGAGGCGUCCCGGGUGCCACCGGGAGACCCGGCCCUCCGCAUCCUGGUGCUUGUCGGCCAGCACGACUCCCCCGAGUUCCACCUGCAGUCCAGGGAGUUCUAUCAGCUGCUGCACCGGAGGGGCUGGAAAGCCUUGUUUGUGGAGAUCCACGACGUGGAUCACUUUGAAAUCAUUUGGAACCUAACGCAGACGGACUACGUGCUCACGCAGAUGAUUUUGGACACAAUCUUCCAGGAGUUCUGAUGGCACCUGAGCCCCAGCAGUGGCACCCUGACUGAGUGGCUCCCGGCAGCCUGACCGCACCCCAUCCCAGCCCCCCAGCUGCCUGCUGUUCCUCGCACGGAGCCCACCACCCACCCCACGCUGCCGCCUCUUUCCCCAGUUAAGAAUCCUUGAUUAUGGCCGAAAUAGGAAAGAGCUGAACCAUCUAUUUCUUGGGAAAAAGUACGCAAGAGCCAUCAGGAAGAGACCUGCCUUCACCACUGGGGAAACCUAGACAUAUGGUCACACUACAAAAGAUAAGGUGCUGGAGGAUACAAUAUACCGACGAGAGGUGCUCACGGAGAUGGUCUAUACUUGCGAGUCAGUGGGUGGGGGUACAGAGACCGCGUCUCCCUCUGGGGAGGGAAGUGGAGUUGGCUUUAUCUGGUUCUUUCUAUCUUUCGGGAUCAGAAUGUACUGAGUGUCUAAAUGAACUGUGUAUAUGAGGUAUUAAAAUGGUCAAAGCCCUUUCAGGGUGCAGGCAAAUAAGAAUGCUCUCGUAGAAUCCACUCUAGAUUUUGCAGGUGGACUUGUGAGCACGUCACGUGCUUAACAUUUGGACUCAUUAUUUGUGACGAAUCCCUGUGAGGCAGACAGCUCACAGCUGCCGGCUGUCCCUCCAUGUU